UACCUCCUUUCAACACAGUAUCCACAUGCCUGAAGCAGCCGAGCGUUGAUCUGCUCCCUCAGCUCCCACAUUGCCUCAGUCUUUGCUCUUAGUCCCCGAGCACUGCAUGCCUUGAUUGUACGCCUGCCUGCAUUGUCUCACCUGCACCGGAAACCCCGUUUAUGAUUUCCAACUGGAACGUUAGCUGACCUGUUUGAAACAUGCUGGGAAUUCUGUUUUUUGCUACCUUGAUCCAAUCAAUAUCAACACAGGACACAGAUGAGACUAUCACCUAUACGCAAUGCACCGAUGGGUAUGAGUGGGACCCACUGCGACAGCAAUGUAAAGAUAUUGAUGAAUGUGGAAUAAUGCAAGAACCUUGUAAGGGAGGAAUGAAAUGUGUCAACCAUUAUGGAGGAUACCUUUGUCUACCAAGAACAGCCCAAAUAUUGGUAAAUAAUGGACAAGAAGAUUCUGCAUCCUCCCAGCCCGCAGGACCACAGCAAACUGGCAGUCAGAACACAUAUGUGGAAAGACCCAAUAGUCCUCCAGAAGUAGCACGGCCAGUACCCAACCAACCUCAGCUGAUGCAAUGUCCCUCUGGCUAUGAACUAAAUGCACAAAAUUUGUGUCAAGACAUAGACGAGUGUCUCACCGGAACACACAAUUGCCGAUCAGAUCAAGUGUGCACUAAUGUGAGGGGAACAUUCACUUGCCUGUGUCCAAGAGGAUACCAGAAGCGAGGGGAACAAUGCAUUGACAUUGAUGAAUGUUCAUUAUCUUCAUUUUGCCAUCAUCAGUGUGUCAAUACACUGGGAUCUUACUACUGCCAAUGUAACUCUGGCUUCCAGCUUGCAGCGAACAACUACAGCUGUGUGGAUGUUGAUGAAUGUAGUACCAGUCCUUGUGCACAAGAAUGCUACAACAUGAUUGGUUCAUAUGUCUGCCAGUGUAAUCCAGGUUAUGAGCUCAGCAGGGACAGAGUUAAUUGUGAAGAUAUUGAUGAAUGCAGAACAAACAGUUAUCUGUGCCAGUACCAGUGUGUUAACGAGCCAGGAAGGUUCUCCUGUGUAUGCCCGGAGGGAUAUCAGCUUGUUGGGACUCGAUCCUGUCAAGACAUAAAUGAAUGUGAAAGCAACACUCAUGAUUGUGGUGAAGAAGGCAUGUGUUGGAACUACUUUGGUGGAUUCCGGUGUUACCCAGCAAACCCUUGCCAAGAACCUUAUGUACGCAUGUCAGAUAAUCGCUGUGUGUGCCAUGUAACAAAUCCUCUUUGUCGGGACCAACCAUACAGCAUUGUCUACAAAUACAUGAGCAUCCGUUCCAACAGACCUGUGCCAUCUGAUGUCUUUCAAAUUCAAGCCACAUUGAUCUACGCUAAUACAAUUAAUACGUUCAGGAUUAAAACUGGAAAUGAAAAUGGUGAUUUUUACUUACGGCAAACAAGUGGAGUAAGCGCAAUGCUUGUCAUGAUAAAGCAAUUAACUGGGCCGAGAGAAUACAUCGUUGACCUGGAAAUGGUGACAGUUAACAGCCUAAUGAAUUAUCGUUCAAGUUCCAUUUUACGGUUAACAAUAAUAGUUGGGCCAUACUCAUUUUAGUGCCUUGGUCAAACUUUUUCACACUGGAAGCAAUAAAAUGAUAUAAUAUACAGUACAUCA